CGGAAUGACAUUUCGCGACGCCUGACACUUGACAGUUUAUGCACCGAAGCUCCGUCUCCAUUUCUCGCCAGUCCUCCCCUAAACCACCUGGUCUCGCCUUGGCCACCGCCGUCAAUCGCCUCCUCUUUACUGCUGCCCCUCUUACCAGUCGACCUUCCCUCACCGAGCUUGAUGCGCGAAUAAUCCCUUCUUCCGCCCUGCUGGAGAUGCCUUCAGGGACAACACCAUGGACUUUUGGUCGCGCCUCUUAGCCGGCACUUCGCUAUCCCCAGCGGCCCAUCGCAAAGAAGAAGCAAAGAACCCUACGAAACGUCUGCAUCGCUUCGACAAGGAGUACAACCGGAUCCUCCAAAUCUGGAGAUCUUCUUCCAACCUCGCCAACGAUGUCGAUGCCGCCGAGAACCUCGAAAUCCGCCUGCAAGAACUUACCAACAUCCUCAACGACGAGUCCCGACGACCUCUCCCUCACCCGUGCAUCCAGUAUGCCGCCAAGAAACAAGUCUACGUACCCAUUGGCAAGAUAGCCACCACCUCCUACAAUGAGUGGAUCAUCAAAGAAGCCGUGCUCUUCUUCGCAACCCUGCUCGAGACGGAAGAGGAGGCAUUUGUCGAAAACACAACCUUCUCCGCCAGCUUGACGAACCUUUUGGUGCGCAUCACUGGCGUCAACAGUGUGCGGUUAGGCUCCGAUACUGAGGCCAAGGUCGUCGAGCUGGCUUUUAACAUCACCACCAAGAUCCGCCUCAACCGGGACAUACUGCAUGCCUGGUUCAAGAGCCAUCACGAUGGGAAUCCCAAGGACAAGCCCCAUGACGGGCAUGAUGCAUUUGCUGGUCGAACGCAGAGACAGGACUUCCCGUUAUUCUACAUUUUGAUGGACUACAUUCAUCACGAGGGCAAGGUUGGGGAUUUUGCCAGGACAGGUCUGCUGUACAUCAUCGAGUCUGCAUCGAGUGACGAGUCCCUCGAGCAAUGGAUUGUCGAAAGCGACCUCUCCACUCUCAUGGCCACCGGCCUGGGUGCGCUCUACAGUCAGCUGAGUCGCAAGUUGGUAAUUGACUAUCCUACCAACGAUCUGCCUCCCAUUCUCGCUCUCUCCGACUACCAACAUCCGACCUCCACCUUUGAGAUCAUCAGCUCAUGCUCUGGUGACUUUCAACUACACCUCGAGACCUUCCUCUCUCAUCUCCUCUUCUGGCAGGAUGUACUGGAUCACUGCAAGUCAGUCGAGGUGAAGCAGACGCUUCUGGAGCAUUUCCAGGUCAUUUUCCUCCAGCAACUCUUAUACCCCUCUUUACUAGAGUCGUCCGAUAUAGACGGAGGCUCAUCCGUAGCUGUCCUGACGUACCUCCGCCGGAUCCUUGAAUCUCUCGACCACCCCGACAUGAUCAACCUUAUCCUUCAUUAUCUGCUCGGCUUGCCUGACCAUGUUACCGAAGACAUGUCAGGUUCCCGAGCCUCCAUCAGCGCUGCCCGCAAGCGCAAGUCAAUGGACCUCGCGACUAUGCUCGCACAAACCAAAUCCGACAUCACGGCCACUCCCUUGCUUUUCAAUCUGGUUGAUCUUGCUCAAGCGUGUCUACGCUCACACAACCAGCAGACCAUUCGUGUGACUCUCCAGCUGAUCUCGGCUAUUCUGCGGAGACAUCACCGGUAUGCCAUCAGCACCCUUCUCCGCACUGAAGCGGUGUUGGGAGCAAAAACGCACCGGACUGUCGGUGCCCAUGAGCAGGAGGUGGACUAUUUGAUGAGUUUGGCUGGGUCCAUUGGAGGGCAGGACAACUUUGACGAAAUCUAUGACAACGUCCUGAAGGAUACCAUGUCCCGGUUGGAGAGUCAUCCCUGCUCCCUCAAGCUCGUCGCACCCAAGAUAUCCACCAACAACCAUGACUUGCCCGCUGUUCCUGAUACACUGCCUGGGGCGCCACGCGACGUGCACGAGCACACGCUUCGCCCGGACGACCCGCUGCUCAACUCGGUCUUGGAUCUCCUUGAGACGUUCUUUGUGAACCCCGUCGACACAAAUCUCUCGCUCACCGAGACCAUCUUGGACCUGGCCAUUUGUGGCUACACGGCGCCCGAAGGAUGGAUGCUGCGGAGCCCUCAAAAGUACACCUACGAAGAGCAGCCACCCAGUCCUACCUCACCCGACGCAUCGACCACUUCGUUUAGGCCCCCGACAGACCCUGAUUCUACGACGUCAGAGGAACAGCAGACCCUUGAGUCGUUGGACGCCUGCCGUCGUCGUCCAGUAUGGGUACAGUCAUCUCUACCUCGCAUACUAGUCGUCCUACAGCAAUUGUGCAACCAGAUCACCAAGUAUCGCGAGACUGUGCCCCGCUUUGAGGAUCUACUGCAAGGAAGAAGAGAGGCGUUCCAGACUGCAGACCAGCCGCGCCCGCCUGGUCCGCUAUUGCCACCCCGCAAGCCAACACCGCAGAGGCAUAGUUCAACGCACACCCCGGAACGUUCCAGUCUAGACGACGCAACCCGUAGUGGAUCACCAGCGCGACCAUCGGGUCUCGAACGGUUUGCCCAGCGCUUGGUGUCGGAGUUGAGCACGCCCAGCCGUACUGGAAGCCCGCGGGGCAGGAAGAACAGCCGAAGUUCCGGAACGGGUAGCCCGGCACCUGGUGUUAUGUCGGGUGGGUAUGGAUUCUCCACGCCGACGUCUCGGCCUGUUCCCCCGCCCAAAGAUACGCCUGGUAGCUACGAUAACUCUGGCCGAAGUGCGACAGAUGAGCCCGGUUCGUCGCACACUCCUAGAGACCCAGUGGCCAGCCAGGCCGCGGCAUUUGCAGCUAUAGAUCAGAGCAUUCUUGCGCGGAAAGUCGGUCUCCCCGGCAAGGUUGAGCCCAUUCCACUGGAUCUCGGAAAGAAGAAGCCCACUUUACACAUGCCGCCUCCGAAAGACGAUGACGAGGCCGGAGACGAACAGCAAGAGGUUGGCGGAGACGACGAGGAGCCAGAACAUGAUGCCGUGCCGGAGACACCUAGCGGUGAGACUGCCGAAGCAAGUACACCAAAGAGAGACACGGACAAGGAGGAGAAGAAGGCUACGGUGUCGCAUGUCAUCACCAAUGUCAUUGUGCUACAAUCAUUCCUGUUUGAGCUCGCAGCCCUGAUCCAGGUGCGUGCGGCGCUCUUCAACGAGGUCCGCUAUGCGUGAGGCCUCGGAAUGCAACGUUGGGCCAGGGACUGGGGGCGAAGCUUCUCUAUAUACACCAGCCAAACAUUUUCCUUCUUGUACGUAGUAUCCUUUUCGUCUCUGGGCCCUGUGGAUCGUCGUCGCAUUGCUUGGCGCUUGGUAGGCUCACUCUGGCGG